CAUUUCCAUCCCACAAGUAGUUCUUGAUAACCUUCAAAGCCUUCGUGUCUUGGAUUUAUCACCUUGCAAGAUUGACAGACUUCCUGACAGUAUACGACAGUGUGUGCAUCUCCGAUACCUAAAUAUCUCAUCAACUGCCAUCAACAUGUUACCAGAAUACUUGGGUAAACUUUACCACUUGCAAGUUCUAAACUUAUCAGGCUGCAGGCUUGAAAAGUUACCUUCAAGCAUAAACAACCUGGUCAGUUUACGGCAUCUGACAGCAGCUAACCAGAUUCUUUCCACUAUAACAGACAUAGGAAGCCUAAGAUACCUUCAGAGAUUGCCCAUUUUCAAGGUCACCAGUGAGGAAACAAACAGCAUAAUUCAGCUUGGUUAUCUACAAGAGCUUCGUGGAUCCCUCCACAUUAGGAACCUUGAGAACAUUGAUGCUCCUGAUGAGGCAAAGGAAGCCAUGUUGUGUAAGAAAGUAAACCUGACAAUGCUGCAGCUGAUGUGGGCACCUGCUCGAGAUUUGGUAAACUCAGAUAAGGAAGCAGAGGUGUUAGAGUAUCUCCAGCCACACCCAAAUCUGAAGAGGCUGGACAUCAUCGGUUGGAUGGGAGUCAAAGCCCCCAGUUGGCUUGAAAGCAAAUGGCUAAUCAAUCUUGAGCUCAUCUUCCUCAGUGGUUGCAAUGCUUGGGAGCAGCUUCCACCACUUGGUCAGCUUCCAUCUGUCAGGACUAUUUGGUUGCAGCGUUUGAAAACAGUGAGGCAAAUAGGCCUAGAGGUAUAUGGCAAUAGAAGUUCACAUGUGGCUUUCCAGUCAUUAGAGGAGCUAGUUCUUGAUGACAUGCAAGAACUAAAUGAGUGGUCAUGGACAGGCCAGGAAAUGAUGAAUCUCCGCAAUAUUGUGAUUAAGGACUGCCAAAAGCUCAAAGAGCUGCCUCCACUACCUCCAAGCCUUACAGAGCUGACAAUUGCAAAAAAAGGGUUCUGGGUUCCAUACCAUCAUGAUGUGAAGAUGACACAAUUGACCACUGUCACCACUGUCUCAUCUCUCUGCAUAUUCAAUUGCCCCAAGCUACUUGCCAGAUUUUCCUCGCCAGUGACCAAUGGAGUUGUAGCAAGCUUUCAGUCACUUAGAAGCCUUAUCGUUGAUCAUAUGAGAAUACUCACAUGCCCUCUUUUAAGGGAAAGGCUUGAGCACAUUGAGAACCUAGACAUCCAAGAUUGCUCAGAGAUCACCACCUUCACUGCAGACAAUGAGGAUGUCUUCCUACAUCUAAGAUCACUACAAAGCCUCUGCAUAAGUGGCUGCAACAAUCUACAAUCGCUGCCUUCCUCAUUGUCCAGCCUGGAGUCCCUGGAUAAAUUAAUCUUGUGGAAUUGCCCUGAGUUGGAAUUACUCCCAGACGAGCAGCUGCCACUGUCUCUUAGAAAGCUUGAAGUCGCACUCUGUAACCCAGUGCUCAAGGAUAGACUCAGAAAAGAAUGUGGCAUUGACUGGCCAAAGAUUGCGCAUAUCCCUUGGGUUGAGAUAGAUGGUGAAAUUCUGCAGUGAUUGCAAGGGAACAAGCAGUAUAUUUGCAUUUGCUCACUCUGAAACUUGGUCCAAUUUGGACGCCAACCAAAUACUAUAGAAAAAUUAUACAAGAUUAGUUUAGUUCCGUAAUAGCAUAGACAAGCUAAACCAUAUUGGAAACAACAGAAUCUAGUCACCCCUUUUCUUUCAAUCAACUGUACUGCACUCCUAAAAAAGGAAAAGAAAGGAGA